AUGUGCAACGGAGGUAUCGAUUGUGUUCCUCUCGCCGGUGACUUGGCGGAGAAGAGGACGACGAUGAAGAUCGAAGAGAGAGAAGAGGCGGAGCCCCGCCUGGUGACCUUCGACGAGCUGCCGGAGUACAUGAAGGAGAACGAAUUCAUUCGCGGCCAUUACCGAAUGGAAUGGUCGAUCAAGCACGCCCUCCUCAGUCUCUUCAGAUGGCACAACGAGACCCUCAACGUCUGGACGUAAGCCCCCGUCUUCCUCUCUCCUCCCUCCUCUCUCCAACCCCUCCCUUCUCGUGUUCUCCUUCUUCUUCGUCUUCUCUCUCCUCCUUCUCCUCUCUCUCUCUCUACCCCCUCCCUCCUUCCCGUCUUCUCUUCUUCAUCAUCUUCUCUCUCUACCCCCUCUUCCCCGUCUUCCCCUUCUUCUUCAUCUUCUCUCUCCUCCGUCCACCUUCUCUCUCUACCCCUUCCUCCCCGUCUUCUCCUUCUUCUCCGUCCUCUUUCUUCUCCUCUCUCAGCCCCCCCCCCUUCUCGUCUUCUUCUUCUUCCUCCUCCUUCUCCGUCCUCCGUUCUUCGUCUAAUCUCUGGGAUCUUUCUAUUUCAGACACCUGGUAGGGUUCGCCCUGUUCGUGUGGCUUACGGCGACGAAUCUCCACCAAGUCCCGGAGGUGGAGGUCCUCCUCCAGAACUUCUCAUGGUGAGUCAACGACCCCAAGAAUUCCCUCCACCUCUCCCUCCGAUCCAACCUCCGAAUCUGUCAAAUCUAUCUGCGUGGCCGAAGAUUGUUGAUUAAUUCUUUCAUAUGUUUUAUAUCCAUAUAUAUUACCCAUAAUCUUGGAAUAUAUGUGGCCCUCAUCAAAUCGUAUCUUCAGCGGAAGAUCUCGCUCUCUCUCUCUCUCUCUCCCCCUCUCUCUCUAGACAGUAUUACUGAUUCUAAUAGCAUUAACCACGUGGUGGCGCAGGUCCUUCUCCACGAUAAGCUCCAACGUGACCUUGACUCAAGGCGCCAUCUUCGCUGUGAGUAAAUAUUCUAUAGAGAGAGAGAGAGAGAGAGAGAGAGAGAGAGAUUGUUGAUCUGGAUCUGACGGGCGUUUCUGCAGGAGGCGUUGACUUUGCCAAAUCUGGAAAGCGGCGACGGCGGCGUUGAGGCGACGGCGCGGUGGCCGUUCUUCGUCUUCCUAGGGGGGGCGAUGUUCUGCCUGAUGUCGAGCACCUGCUGCCACCUCUUCUGCUGCCACUCCCAACGGUUGACCAUCUUCCUCCUCCGUGUUGACUACGUGGGGAUCGCCGUCAUGAUCGUGGCCUCCUUCUUCCCGCCCAUUUACUACGUCUUCCAGUGCGAGCCGCACUGGCAGUUCGUCUAUCUAGGCACCGUCACCGCCAUGGGCGCCGCCACCGUGUUCACGCUCUUCUCGCCACGCCUGUCCAGCGGCGAAUUCCGGUCACUGCGGGCGACGCUGUUCUUCGCCACCGCCUUCUCCGGCGUGGUCCCCGCCGUCCACGGCGCGGUAGCCAACUGGGAAGACCCGCGCCGGCCGGCGGCGCUGGCCUGGGAGGCCUGCAUGGCGGCGUUCUACGCCACCGGUACGCUGUUUUACGUCACGAGGGUCCCGGAGAGGUGGCGGCCUGGGGGCUUUGACCUUGCGGGACACAGCCACCAGAUCUUCCACAUCCUCGUCGUCGCCGGCGCAGUGGCCCACUACGCCGCCGCCAUCAUCCUCAUGAAGGACGGCGGCACCGCCGCCUACUGCAUGUAG